AUGCGAUGCGCGAGCAAGGCCGCCAAGAGCGCGUCUGCACGUCUUUGUGCGGACGCCGAAGCAGAAACAACAGCAACUGAUGUCUCAUCGGUUGCUGAAGCGACCCAUCCUGUGUCACUUGGUGAUGCAGGCGCUGGUCAUGAAGACACUCGUGUCUUCACAGAGUACGAGCUCGGUGUCUCGUACUCUCCUGAUACGGAUGACGGAUCCGUAUCGACGGCGAUCGAAUCCAAGCCGCCUGCCAAGCGUGGCAUGGACGAUGCUUUGCGUCGCAGCAUCUUUGGUUCAUCUGAUUCAUCAGAUGAACCAUCGCCGAAGCGAAGGCGCUCGAGGUCGCGAGACUCGGGCGCUAAUAGUGGUGUCGGUUCUCCUAUGGACACCACUUCGCAACGAGGUGCCAGUACUUCUGUCGGCACGUCGCAGGAAGAGCGGGACCGCAAUGUCUUGCGUCUAGAAAGAAAAGAAGGCAUGGAUGCCUCCAAAAUCCGUCAUGGAUCACUUGUCGGCGACGACGAGUGA